AUGUCCGGUUGCAAGAAGUUCAGUCACACGGCCCUGGUCCUUAAAAAAGCUCUUCGCUUCCGCGCAACGUCAAGAGACCAAAGUGCUAUGACAAAACCUCAACGCUUGCUCGUUCUCGUCGGUGGCGGCCAUGCUCACAUUCAAGUCGUUGCAUCCCUUCCUCAAGCCGUCAAGCGAGAAUUGCGCUGCGUCCUCAUUUCAGAUUCCCACUCUGCUGCGUAUAGCGGGUUGGUCCCUGCGGUGGUGGCCGGUCUCACACCUGAAAAAAACGCCUACGUUGAGCUUCCAGUCCUAGCAAAGCAUCAUGAUUUCCUUUUUCUGCAUGCGAGAGUCACAAACGUCGAUUCACAGUCAAGAACGAUCCGUUUCUUACCGAACGGAGGAGGUGCGGAGCGAACCCUCCGAUAUGAUAUACUCAGUCUGGACGUUGGUUCAACUACAGCUGGAAUUCCGACUCUUUCUAGGAACACUGGGCUUAGACCCAGACCCGUGACCGACUUCAAACCAUUCGUGAUAUACACGCGCCCUAUAUCAGACUUGAUGGGAUCAGUUUCUGAAUUUGAGGCUGCCGCUAAGUCAAGAGUCUCGACGUCACGAGUCGUCGUUGCAGGUGGUGGACCAGCUGGGAUAGAGCUAGCAUUAGCACUGGAUGCGCGUCUGAAACGUUCACUGAGAGAGUGCGAAGUAACACUAGUCUCUCGUAACGAAUCGUUUGCUGACUCAUUUGGUCGCGCAGCUGGAAAUGCUGCUAUCGCGGAACUGAAGAGGAGAGGCGUGCGUCUUCUUCUUGGUGUUGGUGUGAAGGUAAUUGAUGAGAAAGGUGGAAGACUGCUGCUCGAGGACGAUGGGCCCGAAGUUGACUUCGAUUGCCUCGUUGUCGCAACGGGGGCUGCCCCUCAUGGUUGGCUUUCAAAAGCGACUGAUUUACCGCUGCAUCAUGGAUGGGUGGUCGUCGGUACUGACUUACGUGUGAAGGGCACAACAAACGUGUUUGCUGCGGGUGAUUGUGUAUCAUUCGGGGCUACUUUUAGAGAAGACUUCCCUCCGAAAGCAGGAGUCUAUGCAGUGCGCGAGGGUCCUGUACUUUGUCACAAUAUCAGCACGAUGGUAGAAGGUCGAGAACCUCAUGCAAUGAAACACUUCAAACCUCAGAAGUCGUUCUUGUCUCUUUUAUCUACGGGCGAUGGGAGAGGCAUCGGAAGCAAAUAUGGGCUUGUGUUUACAGGCACAUGGGUUUACAGGCUGAAGAACUACAUCGAUGAAGCCUGGCAAGACAAAUUUCGUGUUCCUAAGAACAGCGAGCUUAGCGACAGGGGUGUUGACGAAGAAUUUGACGGCACUGCAGCGGAGGGUGCGGCUAUUUUGCACGCGGCUGAAGACGUGCUCACGGGUGACAGCUUCGAACUGCAACUUAGUGUAUUGAAACGAAUGGACCGGGACGAAGGGUUCCGAGAAAAGUUGGUUUCUGUGAAAAUACAGGAUACCUAG